UCGCCGUCGACCGCAAUGUCGUCGUCCUCGUCGUCGAGCGCUGCCGCUGCCAGCGUCGCUGCUGGCUGUGAUGAGCGUACACGGCUGCUUAGCAGCAGCAAUGCAGCGACGCCGACGCCACCGUUAGCUGCAUCGCCGCCAACGUCGCUGCCGCUGCAUCCGUCCGCCAAUAAUAACAACAAUUACAACAACAACGAUUUGAAUAUGGCCAGUAACAGUAACGGUAAUAAUAACAGCUACAACAACAACGACAACAACAGAAGCGACAUUGACGAUCUGUCGGAGGAAACCGUUACGACGGCCACCGAUCACAGUGAUAAGCACAACCCGCUAAGCCCCCCGCCCACAAAUCAGAAUCAAAAUCAGAGUCAGAAAAAGCCAAAACUCAGCAAACUGGGCACCAAAAGCGUUGGACUCAAACGUGUUUCGUUUGGCUCGUCAAAGGGCUCAAUGGUCGAGACGUUGGUGUUUGAGACGCCGACGCCGCUGUCGGAGCACGUGGAGCCGAGCUUUGGUUUCGAUGCGGUUGACGCCGCUGCCGCUGCUGCUGCCUCUGCUGCUGCUGGUCAGUCGCAGCAAGCAUUGCAAUCAUCAGCAAUAACAACAACAACAACAGCAGCAGCAACAACAACAGCGACGCAUUUACCGCUUAACAGUGACUAUGCGAAUGCGAAAGGGGGAGGAGGAGGGAAUAUGGAUGAUAGCGGCAUUGAGGUGCAAGAAGAAUCGGAACGUUCGAUAGUUCGCGUUUCAAUUUAUCAGAGCAGUCAACCGCAACAGAUUUGUCCACCAACCGAAUAUUCAUUAACGAAUUUUGCGGAUAAUUUAGAUAAUACGUUUAGUAGCUACAAUUGUAACUUAGACUAUACAACAAUGGCGACGGCGACGAUGCAGCCGACUGGAGGAUUGGGACCAGCCUACGACAGACAGCAGAGCACUGAUUCCGGCUGGGAUAAUCCAUUUCGUCCUGGCGGCGAUUUAUCCAGAGAGGCUGAUGAAAUUGUUAGCAUGAUACGUGGUGGCAAACCCAUCACGCCCACAGAGGAUCGUACAAUAGGCAAUGGCAACGCACAGCAUGGAGAAGAUAACUGUAAUGGAGCAAGCACUGCAAUAGGCGAGAGUGUAACCAAAACAAAUCUCUCGCAGAAUCAAGCGACAGCACAAAAUGGUACAAAUUCCCACGGCAGCAAGGUGGUCAGUUCGACAGGCGGUGGAGGCGGUGGUGGAGGUGGGACAGGAGGAGGAGCGGGAGCGGGAGCAACGGCAGCUGGAAAAGGAGAGAGCAAUAAUGGCGUCACAUCGCUGGCUCAAGUCUCAAAGCAAGUGGUACCUGGACCAACUUCGGCUAGUCAUGUGGUUAUCGACGAGAAGAAGAACAAGAAAAAGGGCUGCUGUGUGGUGCAAUAAUCAACGAGAGCGAGAGGGAGCGAGUGCGAGAAAGAGACGACAUCAACAACAAACAAAU